AUGCAGUUGUACUGCAAUCGGAACUGCUGUCCGUGCGAGGGCAUGUGCGGGAACGGACUGUUGGAGUCGACGAAGAUCAGCUUGGCGAGGAACGCGCGAAUGCGGCAGCUGUCUGUGGUGGCCACCGACGACAUUGCGAGCGGCGAGGUGUUGGGCCAGUACUUGGGCGAGCUCGAGCACGUGAGCGUCGCGCCCGAGAACCGUCCGCGCAACGAGGGCUAUCGCCUCGCCAUGAGGCAGAGACCAGAGGCGCCCAGCCACCCCAUCCGCGUUGCAAUCAACGCCCAGCACCUUGGGGGACUGAUGCGCUUUGUUAACCACUCGUGCGAGCCGGUGGCUACGUUCCACGAGGUGGCAAAUGGGCGGCGAACGACGGUCGUGGUGGCUACGACGGAAGACGUGCUCCAAGGGCAAGAGAUCACGGUUGACUACGGGGACGACUUGUGGUUUGUCUGCCGCUGCGGCAGCGAAUCGUGCCGCCACCGCGCGAUCCAGGACCAGCGCGACCCGUAG